AUGCCAGCUAGGCGGACGGAGCUCAGUGAGCCUCAAGGAAUCGAUUUGUCUACUUCAGGUGAACAGACAGAAGACAGUCAACAUCAAAGCACAGAAGAGCAAGAGCUGGCUACACUUAGUGAGUCAAAUGGAACUAAAGAAAUGUCCUCAGUGCCUCCGCCCAGCACAAGCGAGGAACCUGUUGCACACAGCCAUGCUUCAGAAUCGGUUGAGAAAACGCAACUCUCACACACGGUUCGAGCUCCACUAGCAGCUACCACGUCUGAAGAGCAUGCUUCAUCAAUCCAGCCAAGAGGCUCGGGGACUCAAGGCAAAGGCGUCGCAAAGCCUUUAGAGAAGCCAGAUAGGCACGGUACCGGCGGAUCAUCUAAAGCGCCUCUUGAGGAAAAUAAAAGCAACGCAUCUUCGAGUGCACCAAAGUCACUGCCUCACCGCAUCAAGUUUGGCUCAGCACGAAACCGAAGCCCUACGGAGCAUGAAUCUGGAGACAAGCCAGAACUCCGGCGCGUUGCAUCAGAUGACUAUAGGGCACGUAGACAAGCGCUCCCGAGAAGGAAGGAAGGUAGCCUAUACAGCCACCGUCUGCUCUGGAACCCAGAACAGUCACCCGCCUCAACAGGAAGUCUGCGCAAGGGGGAUGAUUCUUAA